CAAUUACAAUUAACUGAAGCAAGGACCGGCCAGAGUUAUUUAUUUACAGAAAAAUGUUGCAAUUUGUACAGUUGUCCUUUCUCCUCCUCUAUACUGCAGUAUCAGGGUUUACAUUCUUUGGUGACACCCGUGUGAACCAGCUUCUCCAGGAAAAGGAGCAGGGUAGGAUAGUUCUCCUGGAUCCAGCAGCUGAGCUGGUCAGAGAGGAUCCUCCUGGUAGCGGCAGAAUUGUCCCUGUUAGAGUGGUAGAGUCGAUAGAGUUCUUGAGAGAGGCUGGGAGAAAACAGGAACAGGAUGAAGAGGAGUGGCAGGAGUCCGUGUUGAAUGAAUUGCAGGAGGACAAGGAUGUAUCCCAGGAGAAGGAGUUCGAAAAACAGGAGAUUGUUUAUAACAUUCUGGAUUCGGAGCUGGAGAAAACGCGACCUGUUCAGUCCCCGAUAUUGGUUCCAAUUCAAACCCGAAACCAAAAUAUUUACCACCGUCCAAUUGGGGCAUACAACCAGGUUCGCCCAACAGCUCUGUACAGAAGAGAAGGUUCAAGAUUGGUAUUAAUUCAGUAAAGUUUGCUUCAAUAAAACUAUUUGGAAAUAU